AUGACAGGACAAACGAGUGCACUUCAGGCGCUUAUGCACCUACUCAAGUCAUAUAUUGGGUCAGGUAUUUUGGCAAUGCCCAAGGCAUUUAGUUAUUCUGGUAUUAUAAUUGGAUGCAUAGGAACACCAGUAAUUGGUUUAUUAUGUCACACUUGUAUUCAUAUGCUUAUUGAUAUCAAUGAAUAUUUGUGUCAAAAGUUGUCUUUACAACCCAUGGAUUAUGAAGAACUAGCUGAAAAAGUGUUUGAAAAUGGUCCUGAUAGAUUACAAAAAUUUUCUAAAGCAUUUCGUAUUGUAGUAACAUCAUUUUUAUUUGUGGCACAAAUGGGUUUUUGUACAACUUAUUAUGUGUUUAUUGCAAGCAAUAUAAAACAGUUUUCAGAAAGUGUAUCGACUAAUGGCUGGUCGUGUGUAUCAAUAGAAUACUAUCUGUUAAUUGUAUUACCAUUUUUGGUGUUAAUUAGUUUUAUUAAAAACAUAAAACAUUUAUCAAUUGCCUCAAUGUUCGGUAAUGUCCUACAAUUGGUGUCAUUUGUGAUAAUUAUUUACAACUUAGUUUCACAAAUGGAUAACAUCAGCGAUACAGUACUAGUAAGCGAUAAAGUGCCGCAAUUUUUCAGUACUACAAUGUUUACCUAUGAGGGAAUCACUGUUACAAUGGGUUUGUAUCGAUCAAUGAAGAAUCGGCGCAAUUUUGAUAAGCCCUGCGGUGUUAUCAACAAUGCCAUAGCUAUAGUGAUAGUGUUUUAUGUAACAGUAGGGCUGUUAGGAUAUUUGAAAUAUGGGGAUCAGGUUGCAGGUAGUAUCACACUAUCGCUGCCCAAAAAGCCGAUCUACGAAUCGGUACAAUUGAUGUAUUCAAUCGCUAUAUUUAUCUCAUAUCCCAUACAACUAUAUGUGGCCAUAAACAUUUUGUGGCCACUGAUUUACACUAAACUACAUGAGCGUAAAGUGAGCUCAUGUAUCAUAGAUGUCUGUAAUUAUGGAUUUCGCACGUGUUUAGUGCUACUUACGUAUGCACUGGCAGCAUUAAUACCAAAACUUGAUUUGAUACUAUCUUUAAUUGGUGCAAUUUCAUGCAGUACUGUUGCUAUAAUGAUACCACCAAUACUUCAUACGAUGAUAUUUUAUGAAUUAAAAAAAGAGACAUUAUCGCGGUUGUGGUUAUGUAUUAGAAAUGCAUUUAUCUUUUUGUUUGGACUCUUGGGCUUCUGUAUCGGCACAUACUUCUCACUUAAAGAUAUUAUUGAAUCUAUAGAUAUCUCUGAUGUUGAUAAUUGCUAA